GCCGUCAGACGGAUGAAGUUUGUCCGUGCCGGCUUCCGUCCUCCUGCAGAUCUUUUUGUUUCUCAGUAGAGACUCGAACUCAAAGUUCAGACGAGAGGAAAAGACCGAGACGAUUGUUUGAGAGGGAUCCGACCCAGAGAGAGAGAGAGGAAGAAGAAGAGGAGGAGGAGGAGGAGGAAGAGGGAAAGUGAGACUGAGGAGGACAACACAGACGGACGCCUGUUGAAUAGUCUGUUGUGUGUCUGUGAGUGUCUGUAUAUGUGUGUCCGUGUGGGUGCAUAUAACACCACAGUGCAGUGCGUGGGAAGCUGAACAGGCUCUUGUGUAUCAGCUUCACCAUGAGGCAGUGACAGCACUGGGACAGCGAUGGCAGAGCUGGAGAUCGACCAGUCCAACCUCCCACGCGUCCAAGAAGUGUGCCAGUGCUUUGCCGUUCUGGAGGAUGGAGCGUUGGCACACAACCUGCAGGAGCAGGAGAUCGAGCAGUACUACACCACCAACAUCCAGAAGAACCAGCUGGUGCAGAAUGACAUCCGUGUGGCCAAGAGGCUUCAGGAUGAGGAGGAGGAUCAGCGAGCCCAGCAGAGCGCCGACCUCCGACAGGCGUCCAGACAACUAGAGGAGCAGGACCUGGAGUACGCCCGGGUCAUUCAGGAGGAGCUCCAGCGCUGUGCUGAGGAGGCCCACAGAAGAGAACAGGAUGAUGAGGAAAUAGCUAAACGAAUGCAGGACGAGGAGGAGCAGAGGAUCCGAGCGAGGAGCAGAGGGCAGGAGGGCCACAGCGAAGACAGCACCAGUGACUCUGCUCUGCCGGCCUCACGCCAGCACACACUCAGCAGCCAAGGAGGGGAGCAGUGCUCAUCUUUCACCACAAGGUGGCAGUAUUCUACCAACCAUUCAGACCUAACUGGGACUGGGGCUGCCUCCCACAGGGGACCAGAAGCUCGUGAAAGCACAACUUCAGGGUCAAAUCAAGGACACACAGGUUCCAUUAGGCCGAUCAGGGAAGAGUUGAGAGAGGCUUUGAGCGAGGACUCCGAGGAAUCGGACACAGUUUUCUCUGCUCAGCUCUCUGACUGGUCCCAGAGACCCAAUAGAAGACUAAGUACAGCCCCCCCUCAACACCGGGCCGCUUCACGUUAUCCACAAGAGAGAAACUACAGAAGUCUUAACUCACGCAGCAGCUUCAGAGGCUGGACCGAGGAGAGAGGGGAAGGGGAUUAUUAUGACAAUGAAAGUUACGACAGAGAGAAGAGGAGGCAUGGGAGUCGGCAGCAGGAGAGGAGCCCCAGAGAGGAUUAUGAGCCAUGGCACAGGAGCGGGGAUCAGGAUAGAGACUCCGGGUCGGUGGAGGGGAGAGAAAGGCGAUGCAGCCGCAGUGAAUCUGUCAGGUUACCCGACAGGAGUAGACACCUAGCGAGGACCUGGAGCCAAAGGGACAACCCAGACAGACGUGUCCACUUUCAGGAGGACACCAGUCACUCGGACAGGCAGCCGGAUGAAAGCGGACAGGUCUGGGAGAUGCUCGGCCAGGUCCUCAGGGAGAGGGGUGUGGCCGUGACGGUGGGUGCCCACGGGGUGCCACUUCAAAUAGGGCCUCAAAGCCGAGACAGCCAGGUGCUUCACGGGAGCGAGGUCUCCUGCUGCAGCUCCCGACCACAUCAGAGAGACUUCCAGAGGGCGGCCACCACCAGGCACAGUUUCCAUGGAGACAUCAGGAAGAGGAGGAUAUCGUCACACCGAGAGAACAGUGGGAGAGAUCACAGAGAAGAGCCGGACGGGCGCUGUGACACCGGGGAGCGUGGGGGAGAGGUUUAUGAGAUCAGCAGCCGAGAAUCCAAUCUCGCCAGCGGGGAAAUCCGAGGCAGUAGAAGGUGGAGCGAGCACAGAAACACCAGUGACGAGGCGAGGGGGAGGAAUGCAAAUGAGUCCAGGGUCAAGAGGUCAACGAGUGAACGCCGUCCUCGGCACAAGACCACAGAGCGAAGGUUAAGCUCGGAGGAGGUGCGGGGGGUGGAGGGGAGGGCGGAGUGGCCCCCUCGACGAGCCCCACAGCGGAGCCUAAGCCUCAGCAGCACCGGGGCCUCCUCCAUGGAUAGGUCAAGGCACGAGGCAGAAGGUGUGUCACUGCAACCAGAUCCGAGUGAGACAAGCCUGAACCUUGGGGAAUUGCAGCAGGUCCUGAGGGAUGAAGAACUCGCCCGCAAGCUGCAGGAUGAAGAGGACAAGCUGUUGAGGAGGAUCAGUGAUCCAAGGAGCUCCCAACCCCCCCCACGUGGUCCGUACCCACAGGGAGACUUCAGGGUAGCACAAGUGGCGCAGGACGAGGAAAUCGCACGUUUUAUGCAGAAACAGGAAAUCAAGUCAAAGCGUCGCUCGCAAGAGCUCGAGGGGCCGGGGUCGUGGCGUGAGCACAGAGCGAUGAUCAGUCACCAUGAUAGACGAACGGCCAGAGAGAGACAGGUCCAGCGAGAGAGACUGGACUCAGAGGGACUUCCUUCCCCCACGGAGGACUGCUGCCCGGAGAACCAGCCGCCCAGUCCCAGCUCCACUUUACUACCAGCCCAGCAGAUCAGAAACAUCGCAGAGGAGCUGGACCCGACCUUCCAGGCCCGGAGGCAGGACACGGAGCGCCUCCCUGUGGAGCAAACUGGUCCGGCGUGUCAGACACUUCCUGUGCCGCAUUCGGGCCUAAACGGCUUCCUCGUGGAGCCGGCGUUCAUCCCCCCCACAAAGCGGCAACCCGAGAAAUCCACCCACUCGAAACCAAAGGAGAAGAAGGAAAACUGCAAGCAGCAGUGAUGUCCAGCACAGUGUCGGAUGGUGGGGUGAAAAUAUAUCUCACAGCACUAAAUAUCCGUUCUCACGAUCUUAUUACUUUGAGGUUAAAAGAGUUUACUGGCCACUCCCAUUAGCACUUUAGACCAGUGGAACAAAGAAGUGACUUUUAAGAAAAGUCCUUGCUUGGAGUGAACAGUGGGAAAGGGAAAACUGAGGCUUAUUGAAGUAUUGUUUGAAUUCAUCAGUGUUGCGUGUUUAAUUUAAACUGUAUAACAUUUUUAUAUUUGUCUCCUUUCAUUUGUGAAUGUGUUGUCGGCAUCCAAAAUGUCCUCUUUGUUUAUACGUGUCUAAAGAGCAGAGACAUGUACAUGAUUCAUUUUCCACAAGAAAGACUCUGAGGUAAUAACCAAGGUCAAAUGAGGGGUAACUUCCUCACCAUCAAUUGUGCGUUGUCAGACUGUGGAGGAGAAAACAAGGUUAGUCUGAUAAACUGAGUGGGGGGAGGGUUGUUUCGGGUGAGCGCCUGUCAUCUUGGUUUCAGAGAAGUUUGACCAGACUCCUGCUGCGUCUGCAGAAGCACUACGACCAUCAGAUGAACUUAUUAAUACAUUUUGUAAAUAUGGAAACACACAUUUACAACCCUCAUCACUUUAUGUCACGGUGCAUUGUGAUAUCCAAAUUUAAAUAUAACCCAACUGGAGAGGACGGAUGUUCGAUCUUUGGGGUCAUUAUGUAUUCAGCAAAGUAAUCUAAGCUCUAAGGUUAUCAGCUAUUUUGGAGAUUUUCAAGAUGACCCUGGUUUCCCCACAUGUCCGACCACUUGUUAUAGUGUGAUGGAUUCUUUCCACUGACACCAGGGCACACGACCACACCCCUGAGGUCAAGAGAUGCAUUUGAAAACUCCCAAAAAAACGUGCAUGUGGUACUUUAGGCUUAGAGGAAUCGGUACAGUAUCCAAAGCAUGGUUUGUAUAUUUUCUUAGGAGGAUUUUUGUAUCAGUCCAGACCUGCAGGACACGAGAAGGAUUCAAUUUUUACACACACAACAGCUCUGUAGUUGGUUUG